ACUGAUACGUUGGGCAAGCUCCACUGUGGUUUUGUGUUUGUAUCAUAGUGCUGCCGUGUGUUGCAAUCAGAAUAUUUCCUUUAAAAGGGGGUUGACCCGAAAAAGUUCAGUAAAUGUCUAAUCCAACCUUGAGAUCACGGGCGCACGUAGGCAACCACACUACAAAAGUAGAUCGGUCCGGAUAGCGUUCCCACGAUACAACCUGCUGCGCCAAAGUAUCAUAUAGUCGAGUGUUUUGACAUCUUCUGCAAACUCCGUGACUGCUUUUGGGAAAUUAAGCCAGGACUCGACUAAGUUGUGAUACUUCAACCUACGGUGUUUCAUCAUGUCUGAACCUGCUAUUGAAAAGCCAGAGGAUAAGGUGGAAGAGGCACCGGCAGCUGUGGAGCCAGAGACUCACGAAGAGGUCCAGGACGACCCCGCUGCAGAGGCCAAAACGGACUCGGCAGAGACCACGCCCAAAAAGAGACAUCGCAAAGUCCACGAUGCCAAUGGUCAUCAGUUCCGAAGCACCAACUUCAAACAGCCAACCUUCUGCUCGCACUGCAACAAGUUCAUCUGGGGGAUCUGGUCGCAAGGUUACCAGUGCAAAGUGUGUCGUGUGGUGGUUCACAAGCGUUGCCACAACCAGAUAAUUCCGGUGUGCCCAGCCUCGUCAGAACAUGAGGACACUCAGGAACACAAGUUGAAGAUCAGCAACUAUUUUCGACCUACAUUCUGUCGUCACUGUGGCUCGCUGCUGUAUGGCUUCAUUCACCAGGGCCUGAAAUGCCAAGAUUGCAAGAUGAAUUUUCACAAGCGAUGCGGCAAAAACGUGGCCCCGAACUGCGUCUCCAAAGUUACCGUCGAGGCCGAGUCCUAGAAUGGCUGGCGUGGUGAGCAAUUACGCCGGUGGGAGGAGUAGGCCAAUACCAUGCCGUGGCUACAUGAAGUGAAGCAGGUCGACUUCAUGCUUAAGACAAAAUCUGAACUGCUUAAUUGUAGUGUCAUAUAUAGGAUGUAUUCUACUAGUGCUUGUUGACCACUUGAUUUUUGUUUCAAAUUCAGAAUUCGCAGUGUAUCGUGCCGGCACGCUCUGUAUUUUGCUGUUCUUUGUUUAUUGCAUAGGUUUGCUUGUAUGCUGCGUCGUGAAGUGGUUAGUCGAUUUGGUAUUGUGAAAUUGCUUUGGUUUGUUGUUGUUUUUUUAACCAAAAAGUACUGAAGUUUAAGAUACCCUGCUUUCCUUAAUUCAGUCUGCAUUUGAAAUGCGCUUAAUAGCUGCUUUAUGAUUAUAUACGUUAUAAUCUAUAUAAUGAAUACACUGUUAAUUAUUAUGCAAACAUCUGUAAAUAUGUUUCAGAUAAAGACUUUUAUGAGGUUUUUGUUAAUACAUUAAUAACAUUUAUUUUUUUAUAUUUUUUGUUUAUAUCUUAUUUUUUUCUGGUUAAUGAAAACAAGGAUUCCUCAAAAGCGCUCAAGGCAGCUGUAGCUUGCAUGCCUGAAGAAACCUGUAGAGAGGAGACAAUGAGAAGAAAUUACAGUUUUAGAGGUGGGAGGAAAACCCCGCGUAUAAUCUGGGGAAAACCCACGGAAUCAGGUAGGGACUGAAAACCCACAUGUGGUCCGGGCAAGAAUCGAUCCCGAGCCAUAGAGGUGGAAGGCGAGGAAAGUAACCACUGCGCCAACCUGACUCCCGAAAAAUACACUUUUUCGAGAAAAAAAUGAUCACGCGUUUUGUAGUCAUUGAUAAUGAGAAUUCAAACAUCAUUAUGGGCCUAUUGCAUAUUAAGAAAGACUUUUUUCUAAGCAAAAUCAACUAUAUAUUAGAUUUAAUCCAAAAUAGAGAUAUCCCACUAAUUUAGGGUUACAUAUAUGUCAUUUGUGUGAAGGUUUGAUGCAUUUUGUGAGAUUUAGUUUGCUUUUUCAUAAAUCUGCCGAGUUAACGUUCAACAAUGCUGCUCGUUGUUCAGUAAGAAACGCUUUUCUAAUUAUUAGUGAAACAAGAUAAAUAUAUUUCAUUUGUUGACUUCGGCAGUUUCCGUUGUUUAUAUUAUAGUCUGAAGAGUCACAAAGAUUUGUUUUCGUCAGGUAGAUAACAUUUGCAAAAGUUGUCCGUUUGUUUAUAUUAUUGCCCAUAUUGAUAUUAGUUGUUAAAUUUAGAUUCUGAAUUAUAAACAUGCCAACGCUGUAUAAAUGUUGCCAUGAUGUAAUAUUUUGUAUAAUUUCUUACUUUCGACAGUCUUUACGAACAGUGACAAAUGCCAAAAACAAA